UCUCGAAGUAAACAUUUAUAGACAUGAUCUCUCCUACACGUGCUGUGAGAACUCCCUCCCAAACCCACUUAAUUAAGCAAUAUUUGAGACAGAAGAUGGCAUGCAUUCCGCAGCAUGCGCGUGUAUGCAUAAUUGGUGCAGGUGUAGCAGGGCUUAGUGCUGCUCAGAAGCUUAUUCAGGCUGGAGUAAAAGGCAUUGUUGUCCUUGAGGCUCAGGAUAGAAUAGGUGGAAGAGUCCACACAGUAGAACAUGGUGAUCAUGUCUUGGAGCUUGGUGCGCACUGGAUCCACGGGGAGGAAGGGAAUGUCGUCUUUGAGUGGGCCUCGCAAAACAACCUUGUGGAUGAUGAACCCACACUUACACAGACAGGUAUUGGUGAAACUUCAUUUAUCAGAGAAAAUGGAGAAGUUGUACCGAAGAAGGUGCUCGAAGCUUUUGAAUUGGCUUUUGCAAAUCUCGAGGAACAGGCAGAGAAGGACUUCCUUACCUAUCCACACUCUAUUGGACAGUACUAUAAAGAACAUUUCAAGUCACUCAACCAGUGGGGUGUCAUUGGUGAGGAAUUGCUGAACUGGAGGGGAAAUUUUCAGAACUGCAUUGAUGGUACUGAUUCCUGGUACGAUUGUUCAGCAAGAGGACAUACUUGCUACAAGGAAUGCCCUGGAAACAUUGUGGUCAACUGGAAAAAUGGAUAUCGAUCCCUUCUGAACCACCUUAAGGAGGCAUUGCCCAAGUCUUGUCUUCAUUUGAAUUCAGCUGUAAAAACCAUUGACUGGCAUGGCCCUUUGGCAACAUCUACCAGCUGCGAUUUAACAUUAUGGUCUGGCCAGGUAAUAAGAGCAGACCAUGUUGUCUUCACCCCAUCUUUAGCGGUCUUGAAAGCAGUUGCCGAGGAAAUGUUCAACCCUCCAUUACCAAUUGAGAAGUCAAGAGCCAUUGAGGGCUUAGGGAUUGGCGUUGUGGACAAGAUAUUCAUCCAGUUCCCACAGCAGUGGUGGGAGGCAGGUUGUGAUGGUUUCAGCUUUUUAUAUAACCUUCAGGAAACUUCAGAAACAAUAACAAAGGAGAACUGGGAAUAUGGAAUCUUAGGUUUCUAUGAGGUGUUCAAACAACCGAACAUGCUUUGUGGGUGGAUCACAGGACCAGCAGCUCGCAUGAUGGAGCAAGCCCACGAAGAGGAAGUAACUAAGCGUUGUGUUUCCUUUCUGAGGAAGCGUUUAGCAUCCAAGUUCCAAAUUCCGGAUGCACUUUGGGGAACAAGAUCAACAUGGGGUCAGAAUCCUUGGGUAAAAGGGUCAUACAGUUUCCGCAGCAUGAAGUCUGAAGCUAUGAAUGUUUGGGCUGCAGACCUAGCCUCCCCUUUGAUUAAUGCAAAAGAUGCUCCUGUUGUCUGCUUUGCGGGAGAGGCAACCCACGACUACUUUUAUUCUACGGUUCAUGGUGCUUUCGAAACGGGAAGGAGAGAAGCGGAAAGAUUGAUCCAGUAUUUCUCGAGAAGUCAAGGCAAUCAGGAACCAGUAUUAUCAGCAGCUAUCUUGAGUCAGGGAAAAAACAUACCUUCUACAGUACAAAACUCUGUCACAGAGAACUCACCCCAGAGUGGAGAAAUAAACAGGGCAGUUAAAGAUGUUCCAGUGCAUGUGAAAGUGUGCAUAGUAGGUGGAGGAGCAGCUGGACUAGCAGUGGCUCAGAGACUCACAGAGGCAGGAGAGAAAAGUCUGUUGGUACUCGAAGCCCAGGGAGAGCUAGGCGGAAGGAUACAUACAUGCAGACAUGGAGAUCAUUUGAUUGAGUUGGGAGCCCAUUGGAUGCAUGGAGAAGAGAGGAAUGUUGUUGCUCAUAUUGCAAAAUCCAUUAAUGAAGCUGAUAAAACCAUAACACUUACACAGACAGGCUUAGGAGACAAUCGUGUGUUUGUUAAAGAGGGAGGGAAAGUUGUUGAUCCUGCCAUUUGGAAAGCCUGUCUGUCUGCCCUGAUCAAGAUUGAGAAGGAGAGUGAUGAUGUCCUCAGAAGGUACCAAGGGUCCUUUGGUGACUUUCUGCAUGAGCAAUUUCAGAAAGUGAAUAAGUGGGGUGAACUUGGGUAUGACAUCCUGGCCACUUAUGAGAAGUAUCAGAACUUCCACAACGCCUGUGAUUCGUUGGACCAGCUGGGUGCCCGGGGGUUUCUGGAAUACAAAGGGGAAGAAGACCCUGGAAACCCUUUCCUUAACUGGAAGAAUGGAUUCUCUACUUUAAUUGAUUUUCUGAGUGAGAAAGUUCCCACAAGCAAGAUUUGGACCCACUCUCCAGUUGUAAGUGUGGAGUGGGGCACUGUAACACCAUCGUCUCCAAGCUGUUGCAGAAUCAGGUUGGAGUCUGGACGUAUCAUUGAAGCUGACCACGUGGUGUAUACUCCAUCCUUGGGUGUGUUGAAGGCAACACAUCUUCAGACAUUUACACCUCAGUUACCAAUGAAGAAAGCUCAGGCAAUUGAAAGUCUCUGCUUAGGGUUAGUUAACAAGAUCUUCAUAGAAUUCCCUUACCGCUGGUGGCCAAGUGACUGCGAUGGAUUUACACUUGUUCCUGACAUUAAUAUUCGGAGGACACCCAUAACCCCAGAGAAUUGGCAUGAGCAUCUCAUGGGAUUCUACAGUACUCAUCGUCAGCCAAGAAUUAUGUGCAUUUGGGUUGGGGGGGAAUGUGCACGUGCCAUGGAGGUUUUACCUGAGGAAGCUGUUGCUAAAAGAUGCAUUUCUGUUCUGCGAAAAUAUCUCGGAAGGACGUACACUGUCCCUGAUCCAAUAUUUUGCAAAAGGAGUAAAUGGGGAAGUAACAAAUGGACUCGUGGAUCCUAUAGCUUUAGAAGUAUCAAGACUGACAGCAUGAACGUAUGGGCAGAGGACCUGUCUGAGCCUGUGACCAAUAUUCAGGGCAAACCUCUGCUUUGUUUUGCGGGAGAAGCCACGAGCACUGAAUUCUUCUCUACGGUUCACGGUGCUGUUGAAAGUGGAUGGCGUGAAGCUGAGAGAAUCUUAAGAUACAUCAACAGCAUGCCCUCUAACCCCUCAGGCAGACGGACAACAACAAGGGAAAAGUACAAUGUCAUCAUAGUGGGAUGUGGAGCCUCUGGCAUUGGGGCUGCAAGAGAGCUGACUGCCAAAGGAAUUCAUUCUGUUCUCAUUCUGGAAGGCAAUGAUCGCGUUGGUGGAAGAGUCAACACAAUCCGAACCCCCCCACAAGGUGUAGUAGAACUUGGUGCGCAGUGGAUCCACGGGGAGGAAGGAAACGUCAUCUACCAGUAUGCAAAGCCAAGAGGACUAAUACAUCACAAAGUGUCGGUUGAUGGGAAAGGUGAAUUUUACAUGGAGAGUGGAAAGCUGAUACCAGAAGAUAUAGUGAAAGAGGUUGUGGAUCUGCUCGAUGAAGCUGACAGUGAUUGUCAAGAGUUUGCCCACAAGGGAAUAGCGGCUCCACCUGAGUUGUCAGUUGGGAGGGUUUUCAGGGAGAAGUUCUUGCAGUACAUGAAUGACUCGCAAACAGAUCAUCCGGACCGAAGGGAGCUGAAGAAGGCUAUGUAUCAUUGGGUUCUAAGAGGAGACAAGAGCUGAUUUACGACUGAACUGUGAAGUUUCCAGCAUAAAUUAUGCAACACAAGUUGUAGUUACGAAUGGUUCUCUCUUUCGUCCUGAUGGCUGCACAUUACCUGUGAUUGUGAAGUGCAGAGAUGGCAGAGAGUUUGAGGCAGAGCACGUAAUGGUAACUCCAUCCAUAGGC